CUCCGUCCAAAAACCACGAAGAGGCCAAACGAUUUCCAUGCGUGUCACCUGCAGCUGCCAUUGCCAGGAUGCCAUGGCCACCUCCACGCCACCGCGAACAGCACAGCUUUUACUACGACGACCACAGUUGCCGUUGCUUUUGGAGCUGGAGAGGCCUGGGACAGAGCGACCAGACGACGGGAGCCGUCACGCAUAAAUAUAUCCACCACUUCACACUUCCUCUGACGCAACCACUGUCGUUUCUUCCCUCCUCUCGAGAACCUACCCGCGCUCCGUCCCCCCUCCAUAUCGAGUUCGAACCGGAACCACCGCGGGGAGCGCACCGCCGGAGUCCCCAGAUGGCCGACGACAAGGAUACCGACUCGCAGCAGCCGCCGGCCAAGCUGCCCCGCCUCUCCGGCGCCGACACGAGCGCCGGGGAGGUGACCAUGGCGGCCUCGUCGCCGCUGGUUCUCGGGCUGGGGCUGGGACUCGGCGCGGGCGGCGGCGAGCGCGACGCGGAGGCGGCGGCCUCGACGGCGGCGCCCAAGAGGGCGUCGGCGCUGACGUUCAUGCAGCAGCAGGAGCUGGAGCACCAGGUGCUCAUCUACCGCUACUUCGCCGCGGGCGCGCCCGUGCCGGUGCACCUCGUGCUCCCCAUCUGGAAGAGCGUCGCCGCCUCCUCCUUCGGCCCGCAGCGCUUCCCCUCCCUGAUGGGGUUGGGGAGCCUGUGCUUCGACUACCGCAGCAGCAUGGAGCCGGAGCCCGGGCGGUGCCGGCGCACGGACGGCAAGAAGUGGCGGUGCUCCCGCGACGUGGUGCCGGGCCACAAGUACUGCGAGCGGCACGUCCACCGCGGCCGUUCAAGAAAGCCUGUGGAAGCCGCCUCCGCAGCCGCCCCGGCGCCGACCGCGGCCGCCGCCGCCGUCAGCAGCAGCAGCCGCGGCGGCGCCCCCGUCCACCACCACGGCGGCGCGGGCGCGGCCCCGCACGCGCACGGGCUCGGCUUCUCCCCCACCAGCGUCCUCCUCGCCCACAGCGCCGCGCGUGCCACGUGAGUGCGGCGAGCGAAACGCCCCCACGCUCGGUCGGUCCCCGUCCCCAACGCCAGCCACCGUCGUCACGAUGCCCGUGUCUUGGGCUCCGGUUUUGGGCCACCGGAUGACGAGGGAAAACGGAAUCCGCAGGGAUUACUAUGUCGCCGUGUGUGCUGUAAUUUUUUCUUUUCUUUUCCUUCUCGCAACUUUUCGGACCAGUUUGUGCCGUUCGAUGGCAUGCGUUGCUUCUCUUGUUACGUGUGCUGGGGUUACCUCGCU